GGAGCUUGCUAAGACAUCACAUUCAAAAUGACAGUACUGCUUCACUUUAGUUAAAAAAAAAAAAAACGGUAGUUUUCGAUGGGCAUAACUCAAAGCUCAAUAGUAGCCGACGGGGGGACAAGUGGAUACCAUGUCCAUGGGAUCCAAGAGAACUCUCCUGCACACAGUGCUGGUUUGGAGCCAUUAUUUGACUUCAUCCUGUCAAUAGGAAACACCAGACUGAACAGAGAGAAUGACCUGCUGAAGGACCUUCUGAAGGCCAACGUGGAGAAGGCAGUGAGGCUGGAGGUGUGGAGCACUAAGGCUCGACGGGUCAGAGAGCUGGAGGUGGUCCCCAGCAACAUGUGGGGGGGGCAGGGGCUCCUGGGGGCCUCUGUGCGCUUCUGCAGCUUCCAGGGAGCCAAUGAGAACGUCUGGCACGUCCUGGAUGUAGAAUCUAAUUCCCCAGCAGCAUUGGCUGGUUUGCAGGCACAUCAAGACUUCAUUGUUGGAGCGGACCAGGUGUUGCAAGAUUCUGAGGACUUGUUCUCCCUGAUCAAGAGCAGCGAGGGCAAGCCUCUGAAGCUGCUGGUCUACAACACUCUGACAGACCUCUGUAGAGAGCUGGUGGUUACCCCUAACGGAGCCUGGGGCGGAGAGGGCAGGUAAGCCACUCUCCACUCUGAGAGACCUCUGUAGAGAGCCGGUGGUUACCCCUAACGGAGCCUGGGGCGGAGAGGGCAGGUAAGCCACUCUCCACUCUGACAGACCUCUGUAGAGAGCCGGUGGUUACCCCUAACGGAGCCUGGGGCGGAGAGGGCAGGUAAGCCACUCUCCACUCUGAGAGACCUCUGUAGAGAGCCGGUGGUUACCCCUAACGGAGCCUGGGGCGGAGAGGGCAGGUAAGCCACUCUCCACUCUGAGAGACCUCUGUAGAGAGCUGGUGGUCACCCCUAACGGAGCCUGGGGCGGAGA